AUGCAGGGCCACUCUCUUUGAAUAAGCCGAUUCGUUUUCUUACAGUAAGCUGACAAAUUAUAAUGUCAGUUUGUGGACAAAAAGUUUGUACAGGUCCAUUGUUUUAAUUUUCUAGGCAGACAAACUUAGAAAGGAGAGAAGGAUUUAUCAGUUCUGCAUAAGCUUUAGGGGCAGUAUCGUUAUCCAUUGUAAACGGAUAAUGGCACAGGCGUCCGCCAAUACCACGACAAAGAGGUAUGCAGUUGUCACUGGAGCAAACAGGGGGAUAGGGUUUGAAGUUUGUAGGCAGUUGGCUUCAAAUGGGAUUGUAGUGGUUUUAACAGCCAGAGACGAGAACAGGGGCCUUGAAGCUGUUAAAAAGCUUAAAGAUUCUGGUGUCUCUGAUGAUCUUGUCGUUUUUCAUCAACUUGAUGUGGCAGACCCUGACAGUAUUUCUUCGCUAGCAGAUUUCAUCAAAAUCCAGUUUGGAAGACUUGAUAUUUUGGUGAACAAUGCUGGGAUUGGUGGAAUUGUAUAUCACCCAGAUAAUUUUCGAAGAGGUUUUGAGCAUUGUGGUGGUUGGCCAGAUGGGAAGCAAGUGAGCUGGACCGAAAUGGCCACUCAAAGUUUUGACUUGGCAGGAAAAUGCGUGAAAACAAACUACUACGGUGCAAAAGGAAUGGUUGAAGCACUUGCUCCCCUUCUGCAGUCAUCUGAUUCGGCAAUGAUUGUAAAUGUUUCUUCAUUGUUAGGAUUGUUGCAGAAUAUACCAGGUGAAUGGGCAAAAGCCGUGUUGAGUGAUAUUGAAAACCUUACUGAGGAGAGAGUGGAUGAGGUUGUGAACCAAUUUCUGAAGGAUUUCAAGGAUGGUUUCCUAGAAGCCAAAGGCUGGCCAAUGCAAUUGUCAGGCUAUAUUGUUGCUAAAGCUGCUCUGAAUGCCUAUACAAGGAUUCUAGCCAAAAAGUACCCAAGUCUCCGCGUUAAUGCUCUCUGUCCUGGCUUUUGCCGUACUGACAUGACCAUCAACAUUGGCCUCUUAACUGCACCCGAAGGAGCUGAAAAUGUUGUGAGGUUAGCGCUGCUGCCUAAAGAUGGGCCUUCUGGCUGUUUCUUUAACAUGAAAGAAAUACAUUGUUUCUCAGUUGCAGGCUAUUCAUCAAAAGGCAUUGGGAGGACAGAAGAAUCUUACAUCCAUAACCAAACACUAGGCAAUGAAACAAACAGUUUAGCAAUGCAUCUUAGGAUUUUUGUCCUUUCAUGCAUUGUUUUUCAUGUCCCGUUUAGCACAAAAAAUUGUGAGAAGUUGGUCCAUUUGUCUCCCUGGAGAGGCAGCUUGUUGACUGCUGCGGUAGCCAGUAAUCUAAAAACAGGUCUUACUGUUUUAGUUCUCAUAUCUCAAUUAUCAUCAUCUAUGGCAGAACCAACAAAAAGGUAUGCAGUUGUUACAGGGGCAAAUAGAGGGCUUGGAUGGGGAAUAGUAAAACUGCUGGCAUCAAAGGGGAUAAUGGUGAUACUUACAGCUAGAGAUGAAAAAAGAGGCCUCCAGGCUGUUGAAAAACUGAAAGAAUCUCAUAUCUCUGCUAAUGUGGUUUUUCAUCAGCUUGAUGUGAUGGACCCUGCUAGCAUUUCAUCUCUGGCAGAAUUUAUCAAAAUCCAAUAUGGAAAACUUGAUAUUUUGGUGAACAAUGCAGGAAUUGGAGGAACCAUUACAGACUCCAGCAAAUUGGCAGCUUCAACCAUUUCUAAUACUAAGGAAGAUCUGCAAAACGUCUGGAGUAAGGUACUGAUUCAAAAUUACGAUUUAGCAGAAGAAUGUCUGAGCACAAACUACUAUGGUGCAAAAAGAACAACUGAAGUUCUUAUUCCUCUUCUCCAGCUAUCUGACUCUCCAAGAAUUGUGAACGUUUCUUCUACAAUGGGAAUGUUAAAGUAUAUACCUAAUCAAUGGGCUAAAGGACUGUUAAGCGACUGCGAUAGCUUUUCAGAGGAGACAGUAGAUGAGGUAUUGAUUGCAUUUUUAAAAGAUUUCAAGGAGGAUUCUUUAGGAGCCAAAGGGUGGCCUACUUUUCUGUCGGCCUAUACAAUCUCAAAAGCAGCCAUGAAUGCUCAUACGAGGAUUUUAGCCAAGAAAUACCCCAACUUUUGCAUCAAUUGCGUAUGCCCUGGCUCCGUCAAAACUGAUAUCAACAACAACACUGGCCACUUUUCCAUUGAAGAAGCAGCUAUAUAUCCUGUGAAGUUGGCGUUGCUGCCUAAGGAUGGACCUUCUGGUCUCUUCUUCCUUCUGGAUCAAUUGUAUAAUUUCUGAUGAAAUCCACUGCAAACUAGCCGAUCAAGAAGCAUCUAAAGUUGCUUUUGUUUUUCUUCAUUUUCCUUUUGCGUGGUCUGUGUUCAAUAAUCUGACUAGCUUACCUUUAGAAUAAAAUUUAGUAUCUGUAAUUGUAAUCUAAUGACUCUCGUUUUAUCCAUUAAUAAAUAUUCCAAUCUGCAAGAAGGGCAA